UCCACAAUACCUUCCUUGGAUCAGUGGUGUGUGUCCUCACCAGGAGCACUUCCACCAACCUAACAGGGACAGUGGGGGGAUCUGUAAUAAAUAUAAAGGGAAGGGUAAACACCUUUAAAAUCCCUCCUGGCCAGAGGAAAAACCCUUUAACCUGUAAAGGGUUAAAAAGCUAGGAUAACCUCGCUGGCACCUGACCAAAAUGACCAAUAAGGAGACAAGAUACUUUCAAAGCUGGAGGAGGGGAGAAACAAAGGCUCUCUCUGUCUGUGUGUUGUUUUGCCAGGAACAGAAAAGGAAUGGAGUCUUAGAACUUAGUAAGUAAUCUAGCUAGAUAUGUGUUAGAUUCUGGUUUGUUUAAAUGGCUGAUAAAAUAAGCUGUGCUGAAUGUAAUGUAUAUUCCUGUUUUUGUGUCUUUUUGUAACUUAAGGUUUUGCCUAGAGGGAUUCUCUAUGUUUUGAAUCUGAUUACCCUGUAAGAUAUUUACCAUCCUGAUUUUACAGAGGACAUUGAUCCACAAGCAUUCAAGAUCAUAAACAGAAAAAAUAUGGUGAGAAAACAGCAGGCAGCAGACGAAGAAGCUCCCCAUGAUUCGUGUUACCACAGCCAAUACGGGGAAUCAGAACUGAGAAUCGUCCUUGUAGGUAAAACAGGAGCUGGGAAAAGUGCAACAGGAAACACCAUCCUUGGUGAGAGAGUGUUUGCAUCCAUACUGGGAGCACAGACAGUAACUAAGAUUUGUAAAGCUGGCAGUAGGAUCUGGAAUGGGAAGACAGUUCGAGUGCUUGAUACUCCUGCAAUUUUUGAUCCAAAGAUCUGUAGCACAGACACUUACCAAGAGAUCAGUCGCUGUAUCGCGCUCUCUGUCCCAGGCCCGCACGCUCUGGUGCUGGUGACCCAGCUGGGCCGUUACACUGAAGAAGACAAGGACGCGGUGAGGAGAGUAGAGGAGAUUUUUGGAGUUGAGGCCAUGAGGUACAUGAUCGUCUUGUUCACCCGAAAAGAAGAUUUAGGGGAUGGUUCACUGAGUGACUAUGUGAGACACUCGGAUAACAGAGAUCUCCAGAUGCUGAUUCAGAAGUGUGGGGACCGAUACUGUGCUUUCAAUAACAAAGCAACUGGAGCAGAACAGAAAGAGCAGGUUAGUAAGCUGAUAGAAAUAGCUGAGAGAAUGGUGUGGGAAAACGGAAACUCAUAUUAUACUAGCGAAUUAUAUUUUAAGGCAGAGGUGGUGCUCAGUGAUGUUAAUGGAAACUUUGAAGAAAAAUGCAAAAACUUUGGAGAAGACGUGAAACAGCACAUCACAAACCAAAAAGACAUGGCAGAAUCUGAGCAUUGUGGGGUAUUAAACAGAAUUGGGAAAGCAUGUUGUCGUAUAAUUACAGUUUAUCUGUGGAGACCUGUGAUAUUUGUGAUAUAUGCUAUAUGUAGGAUAGGAUGUGCUAUAUGUAGGAGAGGAUGGAGGUGCAUUCUUUCAUUGUAUAAUUACUGGUUUGGUUAAUGAUGAUAACUCAGUUUCCUAUUUGUUUUUCUCUUGGAGUUGAAAUGUAGUUUAUUAAUAAUCAUGGACAGAAUUUCUCUUCAUUCUAAUUCUACAGCUUCCUAUGUUCUAUAGCUCAGCUUCUUACCACGAGUACAGCAAAAGACAAACAUGCAAAUUAUGAUUAGAUUAAGUCAUUUAGAUUUGUUUUACAAUAACUUCACACAAGAGAUUCCAUUAAGGAUUGUAUACAGAUGUGUCAAAUCUGUACUUUUUUUAUGGAAAACCAAAUGGUGGCAGUAUAAUAAACAUGGCAGCAUUUCCAUUAAAAUCUCAUUGUAUCAAAUUUUGGUCAUUUCAAACAACACGUAAUUUAUAGCGAUGAAGAGUCAGCACGCCCAGUGUAGAUUUAAACUCUCCCCUCACACCGGACUC